UCUUCUGCAAAUAUAAAUAAAAUAUAUUUUUAAAGGCCAAAUUAAUUUCAUAAAGAUAUACAUACAAUAUUGUAUUUAAAAAUGAAUUAUUUAGUAUUUAUUUUCAAAUAACUUUCCGUGAUGAUAAGACAAAAGUUGAUUUGGUUAGAAUAUGUUAUUAUUUAUAAUACUUACUGGUUUCGCUUUUUUUACUAGUUGCACAAAUGUUAAACGUACAGCGGAACCUUUUGAUAAAGGAAGAAAUGAAAGCGAGAAAAUGUAUCAACGUAAAAGAAAAUUUGAAGGAUUACAAAAUUUUUUACCAAUUAAUAAACAAAGACACAAAAAAAUUGAAUAUCCUGCAUACAUACUUAUUGCUUCAAAGUAUUUUGAAUCGCUAUUGAACAAAAACAGUAUUAACAACGAACGCUCUGUUAUUUUAAACAAUACAUCAGCUGAUAAAAUAAGUUCAAACAAGAAGACUUACUCCGAAUCAGCUCACUAUAAACUUUCUAGAAAAAAUUCGGAAGAUACAAAUCAGGUUCACAAUACUGUAGAUGGUCUUGUUCCCAUCAAAGGUACAAAAAGUUUUAACAAUUUGUUUUUAUUGAAUCCAGAAAGUUCAUUUAUAUCAAAUGUAAUGCAAAUACGCGACAAAAGUAUACCGAAAUAUUUUAGAUUUAAUCGUAUUUCUAAUAAUUCAUUUAUCAAUCCGAAUGGAAUAUUUAAAAACUCUCAGAUUUUGAAUAACAAAGUUUUUAAUGCGAACAGUAAAUCAUCUGACUUACUGUUCAAACCAGGUUUAAAAGGCGAUACGAUGGUUGAUCAAGGUGACCUUCGUAGACAAAAAGCAAAUAGAGAAGAAGUUGCAAGUGUGCGCACACUUUUAGAAAACGAAAAGGUCCUUGAGCUUAAAAGUAAACAAGAAGAGCUAGAAGAACAACAGCUUGUAGAAGAAUUACAGCUCCGAGAAGUGCGUAAAAAAAUUUUAGAAAAAAAACUUCAGAAAUUAAAAUUGGAACAAUUAGAAAUAAAUAAUAAACUGCAAGCACAAAAACAAGAACUUCUUCUACAACGUAUAAAAGAAAAGUUAACAAAAAAGAAAAAAGACAUGGAAGAACUUAGUGAAAAAGAAAAGAUGUUGAGCGAAAGUCUUAAAAAACUGAAAGAAAAUAAAAAAAAGCCACUCUUUGCCGAGGAAAAUGCAUCAAUACUUUCAAGUCUUAAUAAAAGCUUUACAACAAAUGAAAACGGAAAAAACUUGUUAUCAGUUGCAGACACUGAAAACACUAACUUAAAAGGAUAUAACAGCGAAGUCAAACAAGUUUCUACAGAACUUCAUAGCCAAUAUAAGAAUAAUGAACAAAACAGUUGUUUAGAUUACAAUGGGAGUAAUGAAUACUGUCACUUUGAUAACGAAGAACAAGAGGAGUUACCUAUAAAUCCAGAAAGAUCAGCAGAUCGUUCAUUAAAUUAUAGUUUGGAUGCAACACAUAACGAACUAAAAAGUCAAACGGAAAGAUUUAAUAAAAGUAAUGGUUAUCCGGUUGUUAACAUGCUUGAAAAUCAAAAUUACCCAGAUAUAAAACCAGACGAAUUAAAUCCUUUAGAUGCUUUUCUCGAAAAUCGAAAUCCUAUUGAUGAUAAAAGUUAUAACUUGAACACGCAAGCUGAAAACGUAUUACACUCAAGCAAAAGUAACAAUCUUAACGACUUUGAUACAAAUGAAAUGUCAAUAAAAAAAAAAAAUCCAAACAAAAUACAAAACAUUGGUUUAAAGAACAUCACAGAAGCUAAUUUUACUUUAAAAGAGGCGAAACUACUUGAAACAUUAGAUAGAAACAUUACAUCAAAAGAUGAACUUCUAGAUAAAAUGGAAACUACAUCAGAAACAACUAACCAACCUAAGGAAACAACAAACGCUCAUGAAACAAAUGCAGAGGUAAUUAUUUUAAACAACGAAAACAACUUCACAAAGGAAAAAAAGAAAUUUAUGGAAGCAGGGUUAGAUAAAGGUGCCGAGUUUAUUAAAGAUAGCUCAACUCAAACAAAAGUUAAUGAUAAAAAUGAUCAAUUUUAUUUAAGUGAGGAUAAAGGGAGUGAAAAAGAGUUAAACGAAAAAUUUGGCAAACACUAUGGAGAGUAUCCAAACGUAGUUCCAAAAAAACAAGGCACUACAAAAAAUGUUGAUUUGCAUCCAAUAAUAUACAGAGACCCUAUUCCUGGUUUAAAUAAAGGUAAAAAUAAGGUUACAGAAUUAUCAAAUGAAAUAAAUACGUCCAAAAUAUUAAAAUUAAAUGAAACCGUAAAAUCAAAUAAAACAACCCUGUUAGAUAAAGUAAAUUCCACAAAUCAGUCAAAAACAAAAGCAGAAAGUGUUAAUUUUCCUAAAUUUGUUAGUAAACUGAAACAAACACAAAAUCAAGUCAAACUAGGAGAUAAAAAUACAGAAAAAGUUAAACCCGAUGAAUUAAAAAAUUUAAAAGAUAACAAAUCCAAAGAAGAGUCUAAACAAGAAAUUCUUAAAUUAAAUAAAGAUAACAGCAAAAUAAAACAAAAUUUUGAAAAAGAAAAACUUGAGUCAAAACUCCCAACUAAACCAAAAAAUGAAAGUCAUAUUUUGACAAAAGUAAAUUUAGACAAACUGAAAGAUUUCAGUAAGGUUGAAAAACAAGGGGGAGACAAAUCUAACAAACAAGGAGAUGACACAUCUAAGACUAAUAAACCCAUUCUUGAAGAAACAAAAUUAAAAAAACUCGCUUCAGCAACUAAAAAACCAAUUUUAAAUAAAACUGAUAAUCAAAUUAACAAACUAUAUAAUGAAACAUUUAAUAAUGAUAAAGUAAACACUAGCGCAGAAGAUAAAAGUGACAAUAUAAAGUUUUCAGCACAAGUCGAUCGAGAUUCAUCCAAUCAAAACAGCAAAAGUAAAACGAAUAAAAUAGCUGAGAGCAUAAAAAAUAAACUAUCAAAUGAAAAUAUAUUAAAAAAUAACAAAAAUAUAACAAAGAUGUCAUCAGCCAAAAGUACAUCAAACUUAAAUAAAGUACUCACAAAGAACCAAACGAAUCCCGAUAAAAUCACAAUUGAAAUUGAUCAAAAUGCAGAGGGGUUUGCGCCUCAUCCAAUAAAGAUACGGCCGGAUUUGCUUUAUUCGUAUUCUUCAGUAACAACAACCAAACUACCUAAAACUGAAAUAAAUUCCGCAGCAGAAAAAAAACCCGUUACAAAUCCAUCCCCAACAAAUCCACCUACAAAAAACCCCCCAACAACAACUUUAAAAAAGACUUCUUCAAAACCGGUUUGUCAAUCCAACGAAUGCUCUUCAUACUAUGAUUUUUGCAGAACUAGAAGUACAGGAACAUAUCCAAACGAACAAGAUUGCACAAAAUAUUGGAUAUGUGUAAAUGGAGUUACAUAUCCUGCGCAGUGCGGAAACGGACAAUUUUACAACGUCUCUGUAAAUCAGUGCACUCCUUUUCAGACAAUGGAUGUAACAAGUAUAUUUUGGACUACAUGUGAUAAAAAAAGAAACUCCGUUGUUGUAGAAUAGGUCAUUGGUUUUAAACUAUGAAAAUGCAUUUAUAAUGAAGCAUACUUGAUAUACUUAUAUAAAAGUUAUAAAUAACAACGUAUUAUAAACAUUUUAUCUUUGAUUUUUCAAAUAAAACAACAAAAUAAAUAGA